AAGCCGGGCAGCUGGAAGAGGACCCACUGUCAGACAGGCAGGAAGCCGGGCAGCUGAAUAAGGCCCCGCUGUCAGACAGGCAGGAAGCAGGGCAGCUGAAUUAGGCCCCGCUGUCACACAGGCAGGAAGCCGGGCAGCUGAAUAAGGCCCCGUUGUCAGACAGGCAGGAAGCCGGGCAGCUGAAUUAGGCCCCGCUGUCAGACAGGCAGGAAGCCGGGCAGCUGAAUUAGGCCCCGCUGUCAGACAGGCAGGAAACCGGGCAGCUGAAUAAGGCCCCGCUGUCAGACAGGCAGGAAGCCGGGCAGCUGAAUUAGGCCCCGCUGUCAGACAGGCAGGAGAGGGGAGUUGGCAUCCGCCCUGCACAGACAUGGUGAGCUCAGUCUGACCCUUCUGGUUUACAAACAGAGUUAAUGGAGCUGCUGGGAGCCCCUGCUUUAUCUCCCUCCUCACAGCAUGCACACACAGGGGGGAGCAGCUCACUCACUCACUAUGGGGACCAUUGAUUACAUAACUCUAAUCACCCUCAGCCAGCAUGUUCUGGUUCUAUUACACUCAGUCUCUGUGGGGACCAUUGAUUACAUAACUCUAAUCACCCUCAGCCAGCAGGUUCUGGUUCUAUUACACUCAGUCUGUAUGGGGACCAUUGAUUACUGUGUGUCUUAAUGCAGCUUCCCUGAGCCCUCUGUUAACUCUAAUCACCCUCAGCCAGCAGGUUCUGGUUCUAUUACACUCAGUCUCUAUGUGAUGUCCACAGAGGCAGCAAGAAAGAGGCAUUUUAGUUACAAUAGAAAUGUGAACUACUAACAUGAUAUGGAAACAUGACUAGGGUUUAUUUAUAAAGUUUCUCUGGUUCACCCAGAAAAUAGAAUACUUUUGGGUUUUUUCUUUAAUAAAAGCUGUUUUAGCACAUUCUCAUACUUAAUCAUAAGAUAACUAUAUCCUGUUCCUCAAUUUAGGAGUCAAGGUGUCAGGUUUCUCUGCUGCUAGGACUGUUAUGUUGGUGGCAAAUUCAUAAGUGGUUAUAAACUAGAGAUCAAAAGGUAGUGACAAGCUGCUUUUAUUAGCUGAUCAUAUUUUUAGACAUUUGUUGAUUUUUGAAGUGGAUUUGCAUGUAGUCCUGUGCAAUAUUUUACUUCUUUUCUCAUUCUUGGUCUGAAAAUAAAAAAUGACUGUGGGUGUCUUCUCCUUCAAACAAGGGUUAUAUUACUGUAAAGCUAAAGUGCUAUAUAAUUGGUGCCAAAAGUGCAGCUAGUUAUCACUGUGGAACCAAUCACACUCAUUCCACCAAUUUAUAAAACAGAGCAAAAAAAAAAAAGUGAACAGCACACAAAAUAAAAAAGUGGAUUAUAUCCUAAUUAAUCCAUAAGUGUGGGAACAUGCACACCUCUCAAAUGUGUGCACAAAUGUGACAAAAAAUAUAUAAGAAACACACGUAUACCAAACAGUCUGUAAUAAUAAUAAUAUUAAUAUUUUCAUUACUUAUUGUGCUUUGCUAUAAUUUGUCUCUCCGCUCCCAUAUUACUUUACUCGCCUCACUGCAUUCCUUCACCUGCCACCCACUGUUCCCCCAAACUUUCUUUUGUCACUGAUACCCUUUUCUUGUAGCCUUGGCUGUGUGUGAGCCUUAUUCAUUUUUUCUUCUUCACUUUUUUUUUCCCCCUUUUUUUUUUCUCAGCAUCACUGAUGAAAUGGGACAUCUAUUCAUUGCACUCACUGAUUUUUUUUUUAUUUUCAGUGUAUUUACAUGUAUGUUUGGUAACACUGGUUUUAAAUCUGAUAGGGAACACCUCAAAAAGAUGUUACUAUCAAGUCUGAUGCACCAAAAACCCUCCUCCUUGAGAAGCACGCCCAGUACAUCGAAUCCUAUGGAGCAAAGAAGGAUGAUUAUGUACGUAUGACUAUUUGCUUUGGAAAUUGUUUAGGAAAACACAAAUAUUUCUUGAAUACUUCUAGAAUGAGAUGUUUUCCAUUUGUAUUUAAUGCCAAGAUUGAAACAGCAAAGUGGCUCACAUAGUUAUUCACUAAACUCUGACAUUUAACAAAUUCAAAUCUGAAUUGUAUACCUCCAUAAGAUAGAGGCAUGCAGAUAUGUAUAGCUGUUCUCAGCAGGUGUUACAAAUCGAUUUUCAAACUGACCAGUGUUUCUGUAUUAUAGGAAUAUUGCAUGUCGGAGUACUUAAGGAUGAGCGGUGUUUACUGGGGACUGACUGUUAUGGAUCUUAUGGGAGAGCUGCAUCGUAUGAACCGAGAAGAAAUCCUAGCUUUUAUCAAGUCGUGCCAGCAUGAGUGUGGUGGAUUUAGCGCCAGUUUAGGUCAUGAUCCCCAUCUUCUGUAUACUCUAAGUGCCGUACAGGUACUGCUGCUUUGUAUAUAUAUUUAUUCAAAAACCAAAAUAAGUUUGAAAUUUCAGUUCUUUGUAAAAAGCUUGCACAAAGUGUAUGUAAAACUGUGACAUGAAAUAAUGAUGACACUAGAUGAGAGGAAGCAGGAAGACAAACACAAGAAGAUGGGAUGGGAAAGGGCAGAAUUCUAUGUAUGCUAGUAUGCUACAAAUUUUAAUCAAAAGUAACAAAAAAAAAUCAAUUGAAUUCAGUAGAGAGAGACUUUUUGGUCGACUUGAUUUAAAUUUGUAUUGCCCUACUUUGUGGAUGUUUAAGAGUUGUAAUUGCAAUAUUUUCUUGCUACAGAUUCUCACACUAUAUGAUAGCCUUUCUGUGGUCGAUGCAAUUAAAAUUGUUGAAUAUGUGAAAAGCUUACAACAAGAAGAUGGCUCUUUUGCUGGAGACAAAUGGGGUAACAAUUUCCUAUAUUUUUUUUAGCAAUUACACUGAAAAGAUCUUUUUUUGGUUAUCUUGUGGUAUGGAAGAGUAAGGAAAUCUGGCACAGAGCAUUGAUUUGUUUAUGCAAACAUUAAUUAGACAAGUUUAAAGGUGUGAUUUAUUGCCGACAUGUCAUUUCCACUGGUGGGUUGUUAGGUUUAACCCUUACAGUGUAGUACACUAUAUUGUGUCCUAUGUUCAUAUAUGUUCAUACACGUAUUUCCUUAUUGUGCAUUAAAGUACUUUUAAGUGCUUUGAAGAAGUGUUUAAUAAGUCUGAUCUUUUGCUGCUUAUUGUGAUAUCACAUUGUACCCAUUCAGUGCAGGGAGUAUAUAAUCCCCAAUAUCUAUAACAUGAUAAAGUGAAUACUUUGCUCUGAUUAUACUGCUAUUUCUAGUUUCUAUUUUGAGAUUUGAUACAGAUAAGUUUACUUGUUUCAUACGGUUUCUUUUUGUUGUAGGUGAAAUUGAUACUCGCUUCUCUUUCUGUGCAGUGGCAACACUGGCACUGUUGGUAAGGUUUAUUUAUUUUUAUAGAUUUUGUUGAUGCUAAUAGAAUACAUUGAUAAUUCUACAAAAGCAGCCAAUUUGAAGCUGCUGCUUUUGCAGUAAAUCGCUGGGCAUUUAAAUUCCUGCAGUGACUACUGCCCCCGAACUGGAAUCUUAUUUGGAUGCUCUAAUAAUUUUACAUUUCUAAAGCUGGUUUAUGGGCAGAACAGAGGGGUCAUGAGAUUUUUAGUUCAGUUAACUGUUUUUUAGUUGGUAGUAAGGGGAAAUACAAUAUUCUUUGCUACGAUUCCUAAUUUCAUUAGCAAUUUUGUAUUUGGAGGGAAAGUGCUGGUUAGGUAAGAGGGCCAUAAAAAUGUAUGUCACGGGUUUGUGAGUCUGUUGCUGUUAUUCCUUCAAUCCUCUACUCGUCCUUAAUCCAGAUGUGCUGAAUAUAGUGAAAGUAUUCCCUUUGUGUAGAGUUUCCCCAAUAUAAUGGACGCAACCAGUCGUAUUGGGUAAAAUCAGCAAUCUGAACUUUAUUAGGGCACACUUGGCUUCUUACGCAGUGCCCCUAUCAUGUGGUUUCCAAUACAAAAUCACAGGGGUUUCCUUCCCACAAGCCAUUGUGUUUGGGAGUUAAUUGAGCUCCAAUUAAGCUAAUCCAAUUAUCUCUCAGGAAAAUGUGCAUACAAUUUUUACAUAUUCCAAAAAUACAUGACAACCGCAUCAGAACCCCACAAAUGAUUAUAUUCCCGAAUAGCCCUGAUCUGAGCGCACAAAAUAUCCAAAAAGUGCUCAGAUUGGUUCAGUAAAACGAAAGUUAUGUUUGUGCAUAUAUAAACUGACUGUCUGGUAGAGGUGGUAUUGUCAAUUUCAAAAGGGGUUAAUUUGAUUGUAUGGGAGGUUAGAGCUUACAACCUAAAUUCCUCUUUGAAGCUGGGACCCCAGCAGAGCUACUCUGUAAGGUGUAAGAAGUCACACAUAAGUGGCCUGGAAGUCUGGUUUUAGUAUAAACUAACUCUCAUUUGCCAUAUGUCUUGAUUCCCUCUUGGAUAAGGAGUCCUUUUGUGUUCCAAUAUCUUAUCCAAAAGAGACAUUAAUACCUAUCCACAGAUUAAUACUCAAACCUCAUUUUUAUAUAUUUACAAUGGGAUAAGCACGAUCUUCCAAUCAAGCCUAAAUGUGAUUUGCGAAAAAGGGGAAACAGAAUCUGUUCUGUAACCGAACAGAAGGGAAACAUUAGACGAUACAAAGUAUAAUUAAGGGUACACGUACGAGGAGUGACAAUGUCCAUAAACUGAUUUGUCGGAUUAAUAAAAACUUUUUUUUCUUUUUUUUUUUGCUUGUUUCUCAAAAAUGCUUGUUUUUAAACAUUCUAUAAUGUUAGUGAUUCCUGGUUUAUUUUUAGAAAUAGGUCCUCAUAAUUUGGCUAACUGUAUUGGUCAUAUAAAAAAAGCUUUUCUCUUUUCAAUUUUACAUUUUCCCACUUUACUUUUUACACAUUUUAUUUGUUGUAGGGGAAGCUGGAUGCUAUUAACAUGGAAAAAGCUAUUGAAUUUGUGUUAUCCUGCAUGAACUUUGAUGGGGGUUUUGGCUGCAGACCAGGCUCUGAAUCCCACUCCGGACAGGUGAG